AUGUCAUUGAAGGUGCAGACAAGCAACAUCACGAACAAGAAUGACCCCAAGUCCAUCAACUCCAGAGUCUUCAUUGGCAAUCUCAACACAGCCGUGGUCAAGAAGUCAGAUGUGGAGACCAUUUUCUCCAAGUAUGGCCGAGUGGUGGGCUGCUCCGUUCACAAGGGCUACGCCUUCGUACAGUACUCAAAUGAGAGGCACGCGCGUGCCGCUGUCCUGGGCGAGAACGGGCGCGUGCUUGCUGGCCAGACACUUGAUAUCAACAUGGCCGGGGAACCUAAACCCAACAGACCUAAAGGGCUGAAGAGAGCAGCCUCCGCGUUGUACAGCGGCUACGACUUCGACUAUGACUAUUACAGAGACGACUUCUACGACAG